CACUGAUAAUAUUUUUAUUUUCUUCAAACACAAAAAGUACAUAGGAUUGUUGCAUGGACCAAAGACCCAAACUGGCUAAAACUUGCUCCUCAUGAACCCUAAAGGUAGAAUAAGUAUCACCCGUUUUACAAGCGGUCAUCAUGGUUCAAUAUUACAGCUACACCUCUUUCUACUACUCUUCUCCGGCCACGCAUCAGCUCAAGCCACUCACGGCGGUUCAGAUAUGUAUGGACAAAGCUCUAGGUUCGAUCCAACCAUGGCAAUACUCAUGAUCGUCCUGGUCAGUAUUUUCUUCGCUCUAGGUUUUUUCUCCGUAUAUAUCCGUAGGUGUCUGGAGCGAGUCAUGGGGAUAGACAACACACACCCGGCCGACACUGGCGGAAACUGGCUUUCCCUGAGCCGCCCGGAAGCGCGUGGCCUCGACGCAUCGGUCAUCGAGACUUUUCCAACGUUCAAAUACUCAACCGUGAAAACGCUAAGGAUUGGCAAAGAGGCCCUUGAGUGUCCCGUUUGCUUAAACGAGUUUGAAGACGCUGAAACGUUACGUUUGAUUCCUAAAUGUUGCCACGUGUUCCAUCCUGGUUGUAUAGACGCUUGGCUUCGGUCUCACGCCACAUGUCCUCUCUGUCGCGCCAAUCUCAUCCCCGUACCGGGAGAACCGGUUGCUUCUAUCCAAAUACCCGGUUUAGCCGAUGAGCAUCGUUCUGAAUUAACCGGUGAUCGGGUUACGGUUUUAGGUUCUCCUGAUGCAAGAUUGAUUGACUCUGUGGCGUUGACCGGUAACCAGAGUAUGCCACGUAGGUCUUUGUCUACCGGUUGGAAUUUAGCCGGAAUUUUCACUAAUUCUGAUUGGACCGGUCAACAUGGGGAGAAUCUUGACCGGUUUACGCUUAGGUUACCGCAAGAUAUUCACAAUAAACUUGUUAACCCAAGCCUUUUAAAAGGCCAUGUAGCGUUACCUCAGGUGAUGAGUUCAGUGAGAGGAUACCGAACUGGAAGCCUAGAGACUGAUGCAAACUAUUUCUACUAUGAACGGUUUGAUCAAAGUGGUCGGUUAGACCGUAGACCGUUCUCCAUGACUCCUCCGUACCGGACAUGUUCGAUCAAUACGUCUCCCUGUGGCGGUGGUGAUCAGGUGCCUGCUGGUACACCAAGGAGUUUGCUUCUAGCUAUGAAAUCACCGUUCCAUCGGUUGUUUCUUGGAAAGAACAACAUUGGUGAACGUUCAUUAGACAAUAACGUUGGUGAACGUUCGUCGGAUCACCUUCGUGCCAGCGACGCUAGUCAUGUAGCUGCGUAGAUCAAGUUCUUUGAGAAAGUCUUACUAUGUACAGUGAAAAAAGUUUUACUUUGUAUAUUUCACUUUUAUUUUUUUGCAUUCCCUACUUUCAGUUUAAUGUUACGAGGUCCGCUCUUUGAUUUUUUUUUUCUGCGGGUCUAUGAUU